CGAGAACAGCGACCGCCGCAGCCAGCCGGGGGAGACCACGGUGGGGGCGGGGGCCAGUUGGCCUACUCCCUGCCUUAGUAGUACUCCUAGAUGGGACGGGCGGAGCGACAUGGCUAGAACGCGACGCGUUCGCCUUCGCGGGGUGCGCAUUCAUUGUUUGCUUCUGCCGCUGCCGCUGCCGCCGCUAGCACCAUAAACUCGCUCCUCUGCGCCGCCAUCCACUGCGCUGCGACAGCAUUAACGCGGCGGUGGUUGGUCUAGCUAGCUAGCUCUGGGGGGAGAGCGACGGACCGACCGAUGGGGAUCGACCUGAACAGCGUGGAGGAGGACGGGGAGGCGGCGGCGGCGGCGGCUGUCGGCGUGUGCGGGGAGCUGUGGCACGCGUGCGCUGGGCCCGGGGUGGCGCUGCCCAGGCGCGGGAGCGCCGUCGUGUACCUGCCGCAGGCGCACCUCGCGGCGGGCGGCGGGGAGGCCCCGGCCCCGGCGCCGGCCGGGGCGCCGCGCGUGCCGCCCCACGUGGCGUGCCGCGUCGUCGGCGUCGAGCUUUGCGCGGAUGCGGCGACGGACGAGGUGUACGCGCGCCUCGCGCUGCUGGCGGACGCCGAGAUGUUCAGACAAAACGUCCGUGAGUCUGCAUCCGAAGAGGGGGAGGACGAGAUGGCCGGUGGUGACGGAGAGAAGAAGCCCCGUAUGCCUCACAUGUUCUGCAAGACCCUCACUGCCUCCGAUACGAGCACGCAUGGAGGUUUCUCUGUUCCUCGCCGGGCAGCCGAGGACUGUUUCGCACCUUUGGACUACAAGCAGGUCAGGCCUUCUCAAGAGCUCGUUGCCAAGGACUUGCAUGGCACACAGUGGAGGUUUCGCCAUAUUUAUAGAGGUCAACCUCGUAGGCAUCUUCUAACAACAGGCUGGAGUUCGUUUGUCAACAAGAAAAAACUUGUCUCCGGGGAUGCAGUCUUAUUUCUUCGAGGCGAUGAUGGUGAGCUAAGAUUGGGUGUACGGAGAGCAGUUCAGCUUAGAAAUGAAGCCCUUUUUAGAGCUGUCAACAGUAAUGAAUCAAAGCUGCACACACUAUCUGCUGUUGCCAGUUCCUUGGAAAAUAGAAGUAUUUUCCAUGUUUGUUUCGACCCAAGGAGUGGCGCAUCAGAAUUUAUUGUGCCAUAUUGGAGGUUCUCUAAGAGCUUGAACCAUCCGUUUUCCAUUGGAAUGAGGUUUAAAGAUUCCAAUGACAGUGAUGAUGCAAAUGAGAGGUCUACUGGAUUGAUUUCAGGUAUUAGUGAAGUAGACCCCAUAAGAUGGCCUGGAUCAAAAUGGAGAUGCCUACAGGUAAGAUGGGAUGAUGGUAACCAUUGCAACCACCAACGCAGGGUUUCUCCGUGGGAGAUCGAGAGAAUUGGUGGUUCAAUUCAAGUUAAUGAUUGUCUGUCAGCAUCCAGUUCGAAGCGAGCCAAAUUGUACUUUCCUCAAGGCAAUUUGGAUGCUCCAGUUACUGAUGGAAAUGAUUUUCCGGACCCGGUGGAAACAGGAAGCUUCCACAGGGUCUUGCAAGGUCAAGAAUUGUUGAUGGGCUCUAGGGCUCAGGGCGCCGCGCGCUCCCGGUCACCAGACGUCGCAAAGUUUCGCCCUCCGGAUCACCAGCGGUUCUCUGCAAAUGCGGGGAGCUACAUGCCGCAGCAGAGCCCGGCGGAGUUUCCCUACCAUUCCUCAGGCUUCGGCGAAUCCCUCGGGUUCCCAGAGGUCUUGCAAGGUCAAGAAAUGUCUCGAGCACUUCGCUUCUACUCCCAAGGAAGUGCUUUUGACGCCCGCGCGCAGCACGGCCCGUUCGGCUACGCGCAACGGUCAGCUGCGCCGGGUGGACUGUCGCCUGCAGCUCAAGGGUAUGCUCUCGGGCAGUUCACGCCGUCGUCGGCGGCGGCGAAAGUGUCCUCUCCCUCCUCCGUCCUGAUGUUCAACCAGGCGACGGUCCCGCAGUUCGACUUGGAAGGCAGAACCAGCGGCUACAGAGGCGCGUAUGGCGGCCAGUGUCCUCCCGGCAUAGAGAUGGUGAGGGAGACGGAGGAGGCCUGGCCGUGCGCACAGCGCCGGACGCCAAGCGUGACGGGGACGGGGUGCCGCCGGUUCGAAGAAUGGAUCAUGGCUUCGACUCCGGCGAGUGCUGACGGUGGCAGGCCCAGGUCGGCGGCUGCCGGAGACGUCGUCGGGCGGAGCAGUUGCAGGCUGUUUGGGUUCUCCCUGACUGAUCAGAAGGUGCUGGGAGGAGCAGGUGAGGGUGCUGCCAAGGAAGGGGACGCGGCUGAUGAGGCGGUGGAGUGCGCCGACCCGCGGGUGCUCGACUUGUUUGGGCGCGGCCACCCUGCCCCUGCUGCGCUGCAUGCCAUCGUCGCUGCUCCCCUGGGAAUGUGAUGGUGCUGCUCAGCUGGGUGCGUUGUAGACUUGCAGUAUCGGAUAAUUCGAUUUCCGUUGGUUGAAGACAGACGCCAUCUGUAAUCCCUCACCUAGGCUACUCUUAAAUUCUACUCUAGAAUCUUCUAGUACUUGGCAUUCACUUGCGUGGAUCUUGAUGCCUUUUCUUUUUCUUCCGGCAAACCUGAUGCUGCAUGCUGCUGCUUAUGAAUCGUCACCUUCUGAACAUCUACGUGAGCGUGGAACCUGAUGCUACUUGCUGUGUUCUUCAUUUUUCAUUGAAAAGGAGGAUGACUCUAGCCUCUGUAUCAGGGCGAUGCAUA